AUGGCCGGCUUCUACCCUCACGAUCUCGGCUCUGUCUCGCCUAGCGAAGGGCAGCAUGGAAUGACCGAUGUACAUCGCGCUGGUCCAGGAGGCGGCGUACCACCACCAGCCGGACAUAUGUCCAGCCAGCUGAUGAUGCAAAAUCCCAAAAGGCAUAUCGACAGCGCCGCAAAGAUCCCAGCUUUCACCAAGGACACCAACCGGCGCAUGUCGUCCAUCAAGCAAGUACAGGAUCUCGAGAGGCAGUUGAUUGAGACACGACAGCAACUAGAUCGCAUUCGAUCCCGCGAAAGCAAGAUGGACGCGAUGGACGAGUACUCCUCUGAUAGUGGUCCUUCAAUGGGAACAGAUCUUCCCAUUAUUGGUCGCUCUCCUCGUCGGAUGUUGAAGGCGCGUACACCGCAGGAUCUGUCGCAGGCAAGAGACAAUCUCACCAACUUUGGUCGUGGCGUUCUGAAGCCUCCCGUGACGCAGGCGCAGGCCCUGAAUAAGCCGCCACUGCCGCCAGGCAUGGAGCUGCCGAAACUGCCCCCACGGACCAGUGCUGACCGCUACGUACAACACUAUCUCGAUCGCAUACAUCGACACUAUCCCGUCAUUCACUGGAUCACUUUUGAGACCCACUACCGCACCGCUUUUGAUGACGGCCGACUUCGAGACCUGCCACCUGAAAAUGUCGCUGUACUGUUUGCUGUCCUGGCAUGCGGUGCAGUGUCUGCGUCCGAUCCAGCAAUUUUGCAGGAGGCGCAGGAGAAUUUGACUAGAGCGGUGUCUACCAUCAACUUUUGGGAAGAUGACAUCUCCACGAACCAGGUCAUCGUGGCCUUCCUUGCCAGCUUGUUCCUUGCCGAGAUUAAUCGCAAGACAGCAAGUUGGAUAUGGGCAGGAUCCGCUAUUCGUGCAGCUCAGGAUCUUGGUUUGCACGUCCAGGGUGGUCAAUGGUCGACAGUCGAGGGCGAAAUGCGCAAGCGUAUUUGGUACUCAUUGUACCUCUGGGAUAGGCUCUUAGCAACCGAGCUCGGUAAACCUAUGUUGAUCAACGACGACGAUGCGGACACCGAGUACCCCGAGUUGCUUGAUGAAGAGAGGGCACACCUAGGGUUGCUUGAGAAGGCUACAGAUCCGUCUCCGUCGAUGUUAAUAAUAUCACAUAUACACGUCGCCCGUCUCAUGUCUCCGAUCGCCAAACUCUUCCGAUCUCUCUGCAUAACAACAGAACUACUCAUCAGAUUCGAAGGUCAUCUGAAAGACUGCCUCAGUGCUUUCCCGAGAGUCUUGCAAUUAGAUACCGACGAGCCUAUCGAUCCUCGAUUCCUCUCUCCACUCAUAUCGUUUCAGAAUAUUCGACUUCUGCUGCAUCGCCACAAUCUGUCCCCGUCAUGCUCGCCUGAGCAAAGGUCGCAGGCUAUUGAAUGGUGUAUCGGAACCGCUCGAGACACAGCACAGAUCGUUGCGCGUUGUCUGAGGCCGGAUGCACAUAUCGCUGAGGCCGAGGCAGAGAGUCGUUUUGCUUUCGCUGCCACCACGAUGCUGUGUACACAUAUGUGGAGGUGCAUGCUUUUCUUGCUUUUCAGGCCGAUAGACGAUGCCUUCUUCGCCCUCGUCCGGGCAGCCAGCAUCAUUGGGACCAGAAGAGCGGUGAAUUUGAAUUGUGGCAGGUAUCUGUCAUUUUGUUUACGUGGACUGGUGGAGAAGCUGGAGUAUCAGCCGCCCAUGCCCAUCGAUCAGGACGAGGAAAUCGUCGUAUACCUUUCUGGGGAUCUUCAGUCGAGCACGAACAGCUGGGUCUGGGGAAGCGCUGAGACAGGCACGCACCUUAGCCGAAGACAAAAGCAUGGUAGGCUAAAGUCAUCACAAGAAAAAAGUUCAUUGACCAUGGACCCGCGACCAUCAUCAAGUUGGGACAGCACACUAUCGCCGACAGAACAGCAAGAUUGGGGAGGAUGGCAGACUGUCGAACAAGGUGCCCGCUACCUUCAAUCUCUGCAGGAGAGGCAGGCUCAAACCGCUCAAUCGUAUCCGCACGACCGGCCGGUUACCAUUCUUCCAAGGAUCAUGACCUCAGACGAGCCGACGUCAGCGCCAUCGCAGACUGCGCAAGGAUCGAGUCUUGCGCCAAUCUCGCCGUCGAGCCAGAGUCAGUCAUCUACGGAUACCACGAACGCGGCGAAGUCGCGUAUGACUAUCGCCAGCCUGAUCUGA